CUAACAGAUUUAUAUAACUUAAAUUCUGUCGAGCGUGUUAAAGUAACUAGAAACAGCCAUGGUCAGCCUGUUGGACAAGAAGCUCGACUUUUAGCAGGCUAUUUGGGCAUUAUAGCACGAAAUGCCAAUAUGUUGCCCAUCAACUACGAAUCAUGGCAUAACAUGCCUGAUAGCAAUAAAAAUCAAGCUCUCUCUAAUAUUAAGGAUAGGUUUGCUUUAGAGGUUUCUGAUGCCUAUAUCAAGAAGGCAUUGGGUAAAAAAUGGAGAGACAAUAAAAGCAUUUUGAAAAAAGAAUAUUUUAAAAAACCCAUAAGCCUCGAAGAAAAAUUGCAAAAUGUCCCACCGGGAAUGCUAAGGUACCAAUGGGAAGAUGCGGUUCGAUUUUGGAAUUCGAAGAAAGGAGAGGACCGUGAGCGAGUUGGAACAAGAAGCAGGCAAAAAUAAAAAUUUACGCACACGGCAGGGUCGAAAAGUUUUGCUUGUGUAGCUCAGGCCGAGG